GGGUGCGACAGCGAUAGCACUCCCCCAGAAUACGCGACCCAGCCCCUCAGGACCGCAACGACAGCCGUCAUCGCGGCCGUGUGCGUCGUAGCCGCGUGCACUCUGCUGCUCAUCGUGCUAUGGAGAACGUGGCGCGUUAGGCGGCCUUCUCCACCGCUUCUUCAAGUCUCUCUCGAGAAGCCGCGGCUGUGGGACAUUCUUUCAGUCAGGGCGGAUGCGAAGGCUGAGCCAUGGACGAUGUGGGCACGCAUGUUGCCAUUGUCCGUGAUGCGUCCGGGAGAGGUUCUGCUCGGAUGUACACCGCCACGUCAAGAUGGCUACGCAUCGAAGCCAUCAAGGACGGAUGGAAUCUUGCAAGUUGUCGUCGUGAUUGAGAUGCCUGCACAGCGGCGCUACAAAGGUCAGAAGGCGCAAGGCGCUUCAGCUAGCGGACAGUCAAUUCAAGAUAUGGGCGGCCUGUGGAACACUGACCUAUUGUGCGCAACUCACGGCCAUUGUCAAGAGUUGCGCACCGUGGACUUCGAGUCGCUCUCGUUACAGAUUUCUUACCGAAGAAAACAUGCUUAUUUCGACCGCUCAAUAGACAAACUUGCGAAUGUAGCGGUCAAUAUAACCAUCGUACCUUUGAAGGCGGAUGCGUGGAAUCAUACAAAAGCGCUGCAGCGUCGCCACUACUCCGCUGAGCACUCCACUUCCCAUUUAAAUCAUUUGCAAUAA